UUUGCAAGUAAGAAAAAUAUAUAAUGAGUUUCAGAAUUAGAGAUCAAGAAAGGGACACUGAUUCUCCAAGAGAGGCUGGAGAGAUUGACACAAGGGCUCCAUUCCAAUCUGUUAAAGCAGCUGUUAGUUUAUUUGGUGAAGUAGCCGUCUCAAAGGAAAAACGUUCUAUCAAGAGAAGAUCAUCGGAGAAUGUGCUGGAAAAGGAGACUCAGCUUCUCUUGGCCCAAAGAGAAUUAAACAAAAUAAAGAAACAGCUAGAAAGUGCUGAGAACACAAAAUCCAAAGCCCUCUCCGAGCUUGAUAAGGCCAAUGUGACCCUUCAGGAAUUGACAAAGAAGCUCAACAGUGUGAGGGAAUCUAAACAAUCAGCAAUAGAAGCUGCUGAAGCUGUGAAGAAUCAGGCCAAAGAACUUGAACAGGCACUAUCCCAAAAAGCUAUAGGAUAUGAAGCAUGGAAACAAGAACUAGAGCAUGCAAGAAAGGAGUACACAACAACAGUGAAGGAACUAGAUGCUUCCAAACAAGAACUCAACAAAAUAAGGCAGGAUUUUGACACAGCUUUGGAGGCAAAACUGGCUGCAUUCCAAACAGCAGGAGAGGCUCAACGUUCCGCAAAAUUGAACACAGAAAAGCUCCAUGAACUCAAAAACCAAGUUGCAACCAUGAAAGAACAAAUUGAACAUUUGAAGCUUGCCUCAUCACAAGCCCAAGAAGAUCAGGCAAAGGCCAUGGAAGAAAGAGAAGCACGGCUAAGUUUCUACGAAAAUGCCAAGGAAGAAGCACAGAAUAAAUUAAUUGCAUUGAAGAAUGAGUAUGAACCCGAACUAACACAAAGCCUUGAGGCCAAACUUGCUGAAACAAGUGAAGAGAUUCAGGUUCUCCAAAAGCAGAUACAAGAGGCACAUGCUUCUGAGAUGGAUUCAGUGAGACUAAUAACUUUGGAGAUCAAAGAAGCAACAAAAACACUUCAAGAAGUUGCUGAAGAAGAAACUUCCCUGAGAGACCUAGUGGAUUCCCUUAGGAAAGAAUUGGAACAAGUGAAGAAAGAGCAAGAGGAACUCAAGGAGAAGGAAAAGGCAGCAGAAGCUCUAGCUGUUGACCUAACUGAUCAACUACAGAGUAAACCAGAAGAGACAAUGGACAAAGAAUCUGAUAACAUUGAUGAGAUAGAAUUGAAGAUCAAACACCUUUCAUUUGAGACAGAAACUGCAAGAAGGGAAGAGGAAGAAAUGAGAUCUAAAACACAAGAGCUGAAGCAAGAAGCUGAAAAAUCCAAAGCAGUGGCAGAAGAACUAGAGAAAAAACUAGAGCUUUACCUGAAACAAGCUGAGGAAGCAAAAGCAGCAGAACAAAGAGCCAUUGAGGAGAUGAAGAUGAUGUCAGACAGUGACAACACCCAAGACACAGUCUCAGUUGCAGAUUCCAAUGGGAAGAUUGUGUUGACAGUUGAUGAGUUUGCAGCACUGAGUGGGAAGAUCAAGGAAUCUGAAGACUUGAUUGACAGAACAGAAACAGCAGUAAUGGCUCAGGUGGAAGCAAUCAACUCAAGAAAGAAUGAAGUGGACAGAAAGGUGGAGGCAAACCUGAAAGCAAUUGAGGAAAUAAAGGCUGCAACAGAUAUGGCUCUGAGGAAUGCAGAGAUGGCAGAUUCUGCAAAGGUUGCAGUUGAGGGUGAACUAAAAAAGUGGCGUCAAGAAGAACAAAACUUGGAUUACUCAGACAAUUCCUCAAGACCAAUCUCUCUGCGUAUUUAGAAUUGAAAUGCCAAAUGGGGUUAUCAUUUAUCAAUAUUCAAUAGCAUUUAUUGGCUUUGUGCCUUUCUCUUGGGAGAUUAGAGGCUCCUUGAAUCACAUGAUCAAUCAUUUAUGCAUAAAAAAAACUCUCCCAUUUCGCUUUCAAAGCCAUGUCAAUGUUUCCAUCUUCCAUGCAAAUGUGAAUGCUCAUUGUCAAAGUCCUGGUUUCUUGAGUUCCUAGGGAACACAGAAGUUUCAUAUUGUUUUUUUCCACAUUUUAGGGAAAAUAUGUUUAGAUGUAGUUGUUGGUUGGUUUUCAUUAUUUACCAUCGUGGUAAGGUGAAGAAGCUUGUCGAAGAACAUGCAUGAUAUAAUUAUAAAACAUGUAUAUCUGUCUCCCAAGAAGCCAUUCAAAUUCAAAGUGGCUGAGGCUAGCUUUUGCUUAUUGUUGUUGCAUGCAUGAAUAACUAGCUAUAUAUUGUAAGUUACCAAUUACCACGUAU